CUGGUCGACACACCUUGAUGGACACGGCCACGUCGAGUCGAUGUCCACACGCACACACACACAUUCGCCCCCGAUGAGGUCUGCCUGCCGACAGUCACAGACACAAAGGAGAUCGACCGGCCGUCGCUGAGCCCCAACUUGAGGCCACCAGACAGACACCCACUGGAUGAGAGUCAUGACGAUGGCAUUAGGACAUCGGUGUGCCGCAAUCACGCCAGGAGUGAAACCGUCGUCAUGGCGGCUCAAUAAAGGAUCGUCAGCAAAGUGUGGGAGACAUGUGUCUCUCUUGACCAGCAGCACGGCACACAGGCAGCAGCAUCAGCACACUCACGGCAGACACAAAGGGCCACGGGCGGCUGACAGACACACACGCGACAAAGGCAGCACAGACACACACAGUGAGAGAGACUGUGAGGCGGCCGCACAGACAAAACUCACUCGCUCAUUGCACACAGACAGACAGACAACGCACUCACUCCAUCGCUCAGAGCCAAAGCACACAGUUAGCCAGACGAGGAGCGAGGAGCCCCCGGCCACACACUCAUGAGUGUGUGACACUCACAGCCGCUCACACGUGUGUGUGCGUGUGUGUGGACUCUCUCGAACUCUAUGCUGAUCAACCGCAGCUGAACGUAGGGGCCGCAGCCUGGCAGUUUGAUUUGCCUCACUUCGCCCUCCCGCAUCGACAGCAACGCCUCACGCAUCCACUGACGCCAAUCAGACACACGUUUCACCAGCCCACGGUAAUCGCAUGCUUUGUUCUGGCCGUCGAAUGCGUCCCACCACUCAACCCAGUCGAUCUUGACGCGGUCGUUGAGUGUGGGCACUCUGCCGGUGCCCUCCUGCACCACCUCAUACCGCGCACCAGAUGGCGAUGUGCCGGUCCGACGGCGCAGAGUGGCACCGCCGCCAUUGGCCAGACUGCCGAUGACACACAAACACACACACAAAGCCAAUAUAUAACCGUUCACACACGAGGCAUAGGCAAGAGAGAGGCAAGGGCUCCUCACCUCGGGUUGUUUGAUGGUCUCUGCCCUAUCGGCAGAGCGAUGGGCGGGCUGGUGCUGAAGUCGAGGAAGCGGACGCCCUUAUCGCCCUCUGCCAGCCGGGUCACAAUCGCGUCGCCACUCAGAGGGCUCGUGACUUCGAUGAACAGCUCGCCGGGCCGGUUGGGGUACUCGAAGACGUUCUCCUUGCCCCACACAGUGAUGCCCACCCACCCGAGGCCAGCUGCCAACGCCAUGAUACCUGUCACAGAGUGUGGAUAAUCCAUCAGAUCUCUCUCUCCUUUGCAGUCUACACGUGUGCUGCCUCUCUGUGGCUCACCCUGGUCCUUCGCUGCCCUCGAGAGCCGCCGAAACACGCAAGAUCUGCG